CGUCCACUACACCGACGACGCCGGGCUCGCCGGCGCGGCCGACCGCGCCAGGCCCGAGCUGGAGCUGCUGGCGGCGCUGGCGGACCCCGAGGGCGCCUUCGGCAAGGGCGUGUGCGCGACUUCCUUGGAGCCGGAGUCGGUCGACGGUCACGCGUCCAGCUGCACCGGGGCCCGAGGCGCUCGGGCGCACGCCAUGGGCUCCUCGGCGCUGCAGCACAGCCCCAGCGGGGCGCCCUUCUGCGUGCCGAUCCUGGUCCCCAGCCGUUACGCCCACAACAUCUGGGGGCUGCGGCCGCUGGACCCUGCCUCGGACGCGGCUGCGGGCCGCGGCGCGGGCGGGGAGCGGCAACGGCGCGAAGGCC